AUGAUGUUCGAAUAUGAAGAAGAUGAGGAUCCUAUGGAACUUCAAAAACAAGAAGAACUAACACAUCAUUCAACGGAUCACUCCGGAAGUCCUCAGGAGAAUCCGUUCCGUUUCUCGUAUGAUACUGGGAAACGAGCGGCAUCGAUGUUCGUGACGCCGUCGUCUGAAGACCUCAUCGCCUACGGCACCAAACAUCUGCUCGACUCGCCAACCGCUGUACAGCGUUCACUGGUACUGAAUGCAACUACUUCAUUGAACAUCGAUUGUGAUUUGUCAUCUGAUGAAGAUCUCAGCCCAACAACACAACGGAAAAUUUGCUUCUGUGCCAGUCAAAACCCGAUUGAGACUCAAGAACAAGGUCUUCGUCCAGCUAAGUCGACACUUACCGUCUCGUUCCCGUAUCACCAGCACCAAAUCACCGAGGACUAUACCAUUUCUGCCGAAAUCAUUGGAAUCGGAGAAUCGGGAAAGGUGAUGGCGUGCUAUAAGAAGGACAGCGGUGAAAAGUUUGCACUGAAAGUGCUGAGAGACAGUGUGAAAGCUCGGCGUGAAGUGGAGUUGCACUGGCUGACAAAUGCUCAUGAAAAUGUUGUUUCAAUUCUUGACAUUUAUGAGAACACAUUUGACAAUGUCAAGUGUCUUCUGAUGGUUGUUGAGUUUCUGGAAGGUGGAGAUUUGCUCAGUCAGUUCGAAAGCCAAGACAGCAUUCCAUAUACAGAGAAAAAAGUCGGUGAAAUAAUCCGUCAAAUUGGAAAUGCUGUCAUGUACCUCCAUGACAUGAAUAUCGCGCAUCGAGACAUCAAACUUGAAAAUAUAUUGUGCAGCGGUACGGGUGAUAACUGCAUUUACAAAUUGGGUGAUUACGGGUUUGCCAAACGUCCUGAAAGAAAUGUUCUCAUGGAGUCACCAUGCUGUACUCCGUUCUAUGCGCCACCAGAAGUUUUGGGACGCGAAAGAUAUGACAAAUCGUGUGAUAUGUGGUCUCUUGGAGUUGCUAUGUAUAUAUUAUUAUGCGGAUAUCCGCCCUUCUACUCGAUGAAAGGUGUCGCUCUGUCUCCGGGCAUGCGAUCACGCAUUGCCAAUGGAUACUAUGCGUUCCCACACGAAGAAUGGGACUGUGUGUCGAAAGAUACGAAGGAUGACAUUCGAUGCUUGCUCCGUACCAAUCCAAGUGAUCGUCUCACUAUCCACGAGCUGAUGGCUACUCCAUUGGUAACUGGUGAACCGAUUAUCCCCGGAAAACAGGUCACUACAGCAAUUGCCAUUCCUGGUGCUGAAGAAUCAGAUAUGGAAGGAGGAGUAUUCGAAGGGUUCAUUGCCGAAGAAGAAGAGAUUCCAGAAAUCAAUGAAAUCACCGAUACUGUUGGCGAAAUCCUCACAGUUCCAAAAAGUGUUCGAUUCCUACGAGAUGGUGUCAAGGCUCCACGUCUUCACAGCAUCCAAGAGGAAGUUGGUCGUGCGAUGGAAAUCAUGCGUAUGGGUCACGAUCAAGUCUAUGUCAAAAAUCCUACUUCUUCGUGCAAUAACUUAUUCGCCAGACGUCGUGCUAUUCAUCUGAGUAUUCCACGUGUCCACUGCUAA